UCUGCAACUAGCUUAACUUGAGAUCAACCUCAAUAAAAAUUCCUUCUUUCAAUCUCCAACAACAAAAACAGAAAUGAAAACCCCUCAUUCCCAUAGCCAUAGACACAUCUCAAAACUCAUAUUCUACAAUAAACCAAAAUUGUUCUGCAAUUUCCGACCCUCCAUGAAAAUCCAAGACAAUGACGAAAAAGACCCAGACUUUCAAUUCGUAGCAACUUUAGCCCACAUCCUCAGAGGAAAACAGAGCUGGAAAAUUGCACUCAAUGAUCCCUUAAUUUCCAAAAAGUUACAGCCUCACCACAUUGAGAAAGUUUUAAUGUUGUCUCUCAAUGAUUCAAGGUUAGCUUUAAGGUUCUUUAAUUUUCUUGGGCUGCAUAAGAAUUUCACUCACUCUACAAUGUCGUUUUGCAUUCUAAUUCAUUCUUUAGUUAAUAGUAAGUUACACUGGCCUGCUUCUUCGCUCUUGCAAACACUGCUUGUUCGUGGGUUGGACCCAAGAGAGGUUUUUGAAGCUCUUUUGAAUUCGUUCAAGAAUUGUAAAUUUGGUUCUAGUUUAGGUUUUGAUUUGUUGGUUCAGAGUUAUGUGCAGAAUAAGAGAGUUUUUGAUGGGGUUUUGGUAUUCAGGUUGAUGAAAGAGUGUAAUUUGAUGCCUGAAGUUAGGACUUUGAGUGCCCUUUUAAAUGGGCUUUUGAGGAUUAGAAGGUUUAAUGAUGUUUUAAUGUUGUUUGAUGAGAUUGUUAGUGCUGAUGUUAAGCCUGAUGCUUAUGUUUAUACGGCUGUGAUUCGAAGUUUGUGCGAGUUGAAGGAUUUUGAUAAGGCGAAAGAAAUGAUUCGAUGGAUGGAAUCCGGUGAAUGCGAAUUGAGUGUAGUGAUAUAUAAUGUGUUGAUUCAUGGGCUUUGUAAGAGCCGUAGAUUUUCGGAGGCUGUUGCGGUUAAGAAUGGUUUGGUUAAGAAGGGGUUGAAAGCGGAUUUGGUGACGUAUUGUACAUUAGUGAUUGGAACAUGCAAGGUGCAGGAGUUUGAGUUUGGUGUGCGGAUAUUGGAUGAAAUGAUCGAGUUAGGAUUUGUACCUAGCGAGGCAGCUGUUACGGCUUUGAUUGAAGGGUUGAGGAGCAAGGGACGGAUUAACGAUGCUUUUAAUUUGGUAAACAAUGCUUGGAGAGUUGGAGUGGCGCCUAAUUUGUUUGUAUAUAAUUCAUUGCUUAAUUCUUUGUGUAAAGUUGGAAAAUUUGAGGAAGCAGAGUUGCUUUUCAAGAAAAUGGGAGGGAAAGGGUUAUGUGCAAAUGAUAUAACUUACUCUAUUUUGAUUGAUUCAUUUUGUAGAAGGGGUGAAAUGGAUACUGCAAUUACUUUUCUAGAUAAAAUGACUGAAGCAAGAGUAAAUUUCACUGUCUAUCCCUUUAAUUCCAUUAUUAAUGGUUACUGCAAGUUGCGGAAUGUGAAUGCAGCGAAGUACUUUUUUGACGAGAUGACUGACAAAGGAUUGACUCCAACAGUGGUGACAUAUACAUCGCUGAUAACUGGUUACUGCAAUGAAGGAGAUUUCCAUAAGGCAUUUAGAUUGUAUCAUGAGAUGACUGGAAAGGGAAUUGCUCCAAAUACAUACACCUUUACUGCGAUUAUAACAGGUCUCUGUCGGGCAGGUAUGAUGGUUGAGGCAACAAGAUUGUUUGAUGAAAUGAAAGAAAGAAACGUAAUGCCAAAUGAGGUCACAUACAAUGUUAUGAUCGACGGACAUUGUACAGGUGGAAACACAUUUAAAGCUUUUAAAUUGCUCGAUGAAAUGGUAGAGAAAGGCCUCGUUCCAGAUACAUAUACCUAUAGACCUCUCAUAGCUGGUCUUUGUUCUGCAGGCAGGGUAUCCGACGCCAAAGAAUUCAUUGAUGAGCUUCACAAAGGUCAUCGCAAGUUAAAUGAGAUGUGUUAUGGUGCUCUUCUGCAUGGUUAUUGCAAAGAAGGAAGAUUACGUGAUGCAGUGAGUUCUUGUCGUGACAUGGUGGCGAGAGGUGUUGAUAUGGAUCUCGUCUGCUAUUCGAUCCUUAUAGACGGAACUAUGAGAGAACACGACACUAGAACAUUAUUCGGCCUUUUGAAGGAGAUGCACAGUCAUGAAUUGAGGCCCGAUAAUGUAUUAUAUACAAACAUGAUCGAUAGACACAGCAAGGUGGGGAAUGUAAAGGAGGCAUUAGGCCUUUGGGAUAUAAUGGUCGACGAAGGAUGCGUUCCAAAUAUUAUAACUUACACUGCUCUAAUAAAUGGUUUGUGCAAGGCGGGAUUCAUGGAUAAGGCGGAGCUUCUUUGCAAAGAAAUAUUGGCUGGCAACGAAGCUCCAAAUCACAUCACAUAUGGCUGUUUCCUUGACAGGCUUACUAGGGACGGGGACAUGGAGAAAGCUGAACAGCUUCAUAAUGCAAUGCUUAAAGGGCUUUCAGCAAAUACCGUUUCAUAUAAUAUACUUAUCCGAGGCUUUUGUAAAUUGGGCAAGAUUCGAGAAGCAACCAAACUUCUAAAUGGCAUGACAGACAAUGGGAUUUUCCCAGAUUGCAUCACGUAUUCGACGAUUAUGUAUGAGCACUGCAAAAGCGGUAAUUUACAGUUAGCUAUCGAAUUAUGGCAGACAAUGCUCGACAAGGGUAUCAAACCUGAUACGCUAGCAUACAAUUUUUUGAUACAUGGUUGCUGCAUCGCAGGGGAACUGCUGAAGGCCUUUGAAUUGCGGGAUGAGAUGAUAAGACGAGGUAUGAAGCCUAGUCAAAUUACAGACUAUGCUCCCAUCCAUAGAGCCGAGUUAAAGAUUUCGAGUUUGCCUGCUGAUACAUAGCUAAGAUUCGAAUUUGUUGUACCAUGUGCUUGCUAGGAAAACCAAUAGAGCUCCAAUGCCGUAUUGUAGAAAUUUUUUUAAUCACUAACCAAAUUGAUAAACAUUGCAGCAAACUAGAUAGUUAACACUGAACCAUGUAUGUAAAGUUUAA